AUGAGCUUCGGAAACGCAGAGAACUCUGCGGAAACCCUCGGAGCCAAGAGCACGAGGAGCUGGUGUCUGUGUCAGAUUAGUACUUGCGGGCGACAUCAUUGUCCACGUGGAACCACGAGGAUUUAUGAAAAUUCUGGGGUGUUUUGCCCUACAACUGAAUAUUUGGAAAAAUAUCCUAUGUAUGACAAUGUUCUUCCACCUCAGAGUCUUAAACCCAAGCAAGAAAUUCGAGCAUGCCGUGGGAAAAUGGAAGGAAUAACUACAUUUAAGUAAAUAUUUAGUAACUGUUU